AUGGCUCUCAGGAUAAUGUCCAGUGCCAACACAGGGUGUUCUAUCAAGUGGUCGAUUGCAAAGGGAUUGGUUUGGUUGGGAUAUCGAAUGGUGUUAAUGGAUAUGGCUGUGAUCGUCUAUAACCUUCGGUUGGUGUCCCUUUAUGCAUGCUCGGCAUCGGUGGAUCAUAUCAACAACAAUCACGAAGCAGCCAUUAUCAAUCGCAAGCCUAUCUUUGGUAUCACCAACAUUCAUCUGAUCGCUUCAUGGCUGUCUUUAUUGGGCAAUCGCAUACAAGGGUGUUCUUCAGUGAAGUCUUUUAUGGAUGCAUCACAUCAGGAUGAGCCAACAAUGCUAUGGCUCAUUUCGGCGCUAUCAAAGUCUAUUCAUCAUGCAACGCAUUCAUCGCCAAAUAUCGCUUCAUUUCUUCCCAAUUCAUUGGUAUGCAUACUUUUGGAUCUACAAUACAAGUCCUAUCAAUUAACGAGCUUUCCAGUGAACCAGCAUCGACAGAUUACGGAUGGCAUGGGCCUACGAGUUCGGUUUCAAGCAAGGUGGCUAUUGAGAACACAAGAUGGAUUACUGCAAGCAGCCUACACCUAUGAUCAAGGAGUGUAUCACGUUAUCAGCCAUGGUAGUCAUUGCGUACGCAUCGCUCUAGUGCUAUGGAAAAAUGGUUGCCAACCUAUCACUUUUAGAUUGAUCGCAUUGCAACAGGCAGCAUGUUUUGGGGAUUUGAAUCCGCAGGAUGGCAUUUAUCAUUGUGAGGUGGAUCAUACAUAUGAGCAAUCAGCAGCGGGCAGUACUUCGGUUAGGUGUCAGCAAGCUUUAUCCCGUCACCUGGUGCUCUGUGUUUCGAGCAAUGUGCUUGAUGUAUUUCUUCCGGGUCUCAUCUCUCGUUGGUCUGCGAAUGAUACCCUAUCUACGACAUUCACGAGACGAACACCUUUAUCGGGCAUCAUGUUGAUCGAAUUACCAAUAUGGUUUCGGCUAUCAAGCACCAUCGUUUUGUUGGAAGGAUUUACCAUCAAUCGUCCAUUUAUCGAAUGCUUGAUCUCACGUAAGUAUGUUAUGGUUUAUGAUACCGAUCGUCUUCACGCCUCUGACAUGUGUACUGCCAGGCAUCCUUCCUUCGCUUACUUGGCAUGUGAGAAUGUCCCAUGUCUUGGCAAGUGGACCUUUGCAAAGCGUCGGGGUCCUUUGGAUAUUUACAAAUUUGAUGGAUAUAUGGGGAUCGCUGUUAACAUGUGGGAUAUUCAUCAAACUACUUCUCUUCUGGUGCUUGGAUCCUUCAAGGACGAACCUAUCAUUGUACCCCAUGCCAGGAUCAAGCAACAACGUCCACAGCAUUUCUCAGUACCGGCACACCGUAUUAUGUGA